UAGUAUUAAUGUUCAUAUUCACUGUUUCUCUCGGGUCCAACUAAUACGUCCACAUCUAAUUUUAGGGAUAUGCACGGCCAGUCGAAUCAAUGGAUCGUCUUCAAUUGUUGUCCGCGUAGCUAGAAUAGGGGAUAGUUGGGAAAUGGCGAAGGCACACUGUAGCGUCUUCCUCUCAGAAUAUUCAUUCCCAAUAGAUAUCGUUAUGAAGGUUGAUAAUUUGCUAGCUAUUGUUUGGGGGUUUUCUGUUGUACCUAAUGGUUGCCGAAGAACUUAUUUUGUUGCAGUGAAUGAUCGUUUGAUUGACACACAAGAUCUCAAGAGUCACGGAGUUGAUCAAAAGUUUGAUCUGGAUAAAGGGUAUGUAGUUGGGAGUCUAACUAUGGACACUCUAGCUGAUUAUCUUCCGCUGGAAGGACCACUUCAACAGAGAAGAACUGGAGUUGCGUACCUAUCAGAUCUUUUGGUCAGAGAACAGUUCAGAAGAAAAGGAAUAGCCAAGGAGCUCAUAGUCAAAGCAGAAGCUUACUCCAAGAGCUGGGGAUGCCGUGCAAUUGCAUUGCACUGUGACCUAAACAACAUCGGCGCUAUAGAGUUGUAUAGAGCUCAUGGUUUCAAAAGCAUAAAGGUUCCGGAAGGUGCAAAAUGGCCUCAACCUAAGACUUCAAACAAUAUCAAAUCCAACUUCAUGAUGAAACUCCUGUAUACCCAGAAGAGCUAAUAAUAUCGCUGUAAUAGUACUAGUUUUCGUAGAAAUAUACAAUGAUGUUACAUAGAGUUGGGAGAUGAAAAAAGAUUCAAGACUUGAUGCUAGCAAGUGAAUUGAUGGAAAUUGUUUCACUGUGUAUAUAACGAGAGUAUUUAUUUACUUAUUUUUGAGUGAA